AUGAUCCGGGUGUCACUAGUCUGUAACCCAUACGCUAUUCGCUGGUCAACGGCUCGUAGCACACCGCCAAUUGUGAUCACCGAGAUCAAACCGGUCAAUAAAAGCAUUACGGCCAGUCGUAUAGCGAUUGGAUUUUUAAGCUUACCUAAGCUCCGUUGGCCUGCGAUAUACUCGUCGGACGAUCGCAUGACUGUUAUUUCACAUAAAAUAUCCAUAUAUCACUCGGAGCAGGCUAAUACGUGCAAAUGUCGUAUUGAGGAAUAA